CGUUCCCGCCGCGCUCCGCUUGGGACAACUCACAAGAUCCCGGCCGGCAGCUCGCGCUCCCCGCCCCUUCGCGGAGGGAAAGGCUCCGGCUGCGCCGAGCCCCCGGUCUGCGCGGGGAGGAGGCGCACAGGGCCCGCUCUCCCCAGAGUCCCGGAGCGCGCGGGCGACACUUCCAUGCCCGGCCGGAGCGGCAGGGCGCUGCCUGGCGGCCAGCCGGCGACCACCCAGGCGCCGAGGCACCAGAGCCACAGGCGCGAGGUCCUCUCCGCGGGGCGGAGCGGCUUCGGCCGCCACCCGGACUGCGCGCCGUGCGCUGCCCCGGCUCCGCAGGUCCGAGGCCCGCGCACAAGUUGGGCUCGCCGGGCAGAAGUUGGUGUGCGGAGCUCGCGGGGCCGGCGAGGUGCGUCUCCCUGAGGAGGGCGCGGCAGCAGCUCGGUGGCACCAGGCAGCACAGGCUACGGGGAGCGAGGGAGGAGCGGCUGGGCGAGCCCCCGAGGCGCAGCGGCCGCCGAGCUGCGCGCCCCUGCUCCGUCGGGAGCUACUGGAACCUGAGCGCGCACCGCGGCCCCGCGGCCCCCGCAGCCCCGGUGCCAUGGAAACGCGCUCGCCGCCCUCCCGCCUCGGCCCCUCCGGAGCGCUUAAAGAGACAGCCGCGCCGCCACCGCGAGCUCCACGAACCUCCGAGCGUCCCCACCCCUCGCACUCCCCUCACCCCUCCUCUCCGCCGGGUGCCGCAAGGAGGAGGCGCGCGGAGGACCAGAUACUGGGGGCUGGACGGGCAGCAGAGACGCAAAAUACGGGGUUUCGCUCAAUACUCCCGCUUAACUCUGCUCCCCACCUUUUCCUUCCCACCCACCAGUCGCACACACCCAAACCCCGCCGCAGAGGUGAAGUGGCUCCGUCUUUCCUCCUCGUACACCAACCUGCUCAGACCCCAACCAGCUGUGCAUCGGCCACAAGCAGAGACCAGAUGA